UUAGAGCCAGAAUUGAAGAGAAAGAAUGAACAGUCAGUGAGAUGAGCCUCUAAGUGGAGACAGAAAGGGAGAGAGCAUUGUAGCUCCAUAGUGAAGCUAUGAGAGGGAGAGCCCAAGACUGAGAGAGAGACAGAGAGAGAGAAGCAUGUGCAAGGGUGCCCAAGACUGCACAAGACACAAAGAGAAAAUAGCAAAAAGAAGCAAAAGGAGCCAAAAGUAUUGUCAGGCCAAGAAUUCAGGGGGACAAUAAAGAAAAUUAACAAAGAAACAGGAAAGUAUUUUGGCAAGAAGCAAGACAGCCAGACUGAGCUAGAAAAGGACUGAAUGAGAAAGUGCAGAUUGGAGAAGGGCAGGGACCAGAGAGAGAGAGACAGAGAGAGCGAGGGUGUGAACAGAAAUACACCUAGCAAAGAUUUAAAAGUAUAAACCUAACAGGAACCUGUUUUGUUAAAGACAUUUGGACACUGUUUGGGAUUGUGAAGCAUGGACCGUGUUCCCCAGCCUGAGUGAUUGCUUCACUACCAUGGAUCUGCCGGAGUAUCUGGUGUCGAGGCAAGGCUUGUUUGGAAUGGUAGUUGACUUCUGCGUGUCUACCAUGAUGAUUACUUUGCUGUCUCUUAUCAGCCUCCUGACCUACUUCGACAUUCUCGAGAGUUUCCAUCCAUUCCAUUGGCUCUGCAAAGCGACAAUUCAGGAUAAGCAAUAUACACAAGAAGGCCAUAAUGGGAGGACAGGAGUGUGGCUUGGCACUGGUACAAAAGAUUGGCCUCUUGACCAAAAACUUUGGUCAGUAACAGAGUGGGUGAAGCUGCUGGAGUCUGAGCUGUGCGCGGUCACCAGUGAUCAAUGCUGCACUUCCAAAUACAGAAGGAUAUUUGUGAAGCUGCACCGGGACUUGCGUCAGGUCUCCCGCGUGUUGCAAAGUCUAGGGGGUCAGUCUGCUGGAGCUGAGGGACAGUUGGAGACAUCCCAAAACUGUGAAUUAUCCAUGGGUGCUGGCAGCUAUUGCUCUUCACCAGAGGGCAGCACAGAGCAGAAUAACACAAAGACAUGCAACAUGGUACCAGCCGGAGACAGAGGCAGGAUUCAGAUCUUGAGCAGUAGACUCCAGUCACUGAGAAUGUACACCGAGGAGAGGCUCCAGCUAUUGAACAGCUUGGCAAGUUGUUAUGAAUCUUAUCGGCUAUUGUAUGAUCAGCUGCAUCACUGGGUGAUGCGGGCCAGCAGGUUUCAGGAGUGGAUACAUUCCCUUGCGUGUGACAAUGAGUUUCUGAUCAUCACCAACCUCAAGCAUCAGAAGACGAUCGUGGAUGAAAUUGAACAAAGAGCCCCCCAGCUGAGUAGAUGUCAGGAGACCCUGAGGGAGUGUGUCCAAGUCUUCAAGUUCGCAGACUUGAAGCAGCAAUUCAUCACCAUGGUGAGGCUCACAAAAUGUUAUGUGAUCCACCUGCGGGACUUACUGAGGAUAAGGCACCAAACGAAUCAGUUCACACUGAGUGUCAGGGACAGUGUGGGACCAACUGCUUUCCUUUGAGAUACACUCCUGUAACUGGAGAUCCUAGCUCGGAUUGGAGACUUGAUUAUGCACCUCACCCCCUCGGCUGUGAAAAACAUAAGUCAAGAUUUGAUAUUUUUAUGUUAUCCAGAAGUUUACAAAUGUCAGAGAUGAUAACGCAGCUUGAGACAAUAUGAAGCAAGUUUGGAACAAUCUGUCUCAGAAGGACACAUCCCUCCUUAAGAUAUCGGGAAGAGAGAGAGCUUCUGCAACUGUAUGCGAGCACCUGAAAAGGGGUAAAUGUCUUCAGAUAGUCACAGAGGAAAGAUCAGAUUGUUUUGUGCCAUUUUCUCCCUCAGCACCUCUCCUUGAGGAGAUGACAAAGAUAUAAACAAAUGGAGUAAGAAACCAUCAGCAAAUCCUGUCCACACCCAGUCACUGCAUUCCUUCCCUCUUCCACGUGGACGCUAUUCCGAGGUCCUCCCUCAGUGGGUUCAGAAAAGGGUCACACAUUCCAUAAUACCCUUCAAAGACAAACCAGGGAACUGAGCUCUCCAGGCCGACACUCCUCACUUGCACAAACAUCAAACAUCCCAAAAAACAGCUCGAUUGGUUCUGCAUUGUUUUUUUUUGAGGGGGUCUGGUAUACGGCUGGUCUUUGUGAGGGCGCUAGCGGUAUGAUCGCUAGAUUGCUAUUUCAGAUACGCCAGGUAAUAUCCAAGAACCCGCAUUCAAAUCCCACCAUGGCAGAUGAUGCAUUUGAAUUCAAUAAAA